AUGUCUAAAUCUUUAGAAAUUCGAGAAAUGAUAUUUGCUUUUAUGCCAAAAGUAGUUUCUUCGCUAGAUUGUGUCUCAGAAUUGGAUCAGGCUUCUUACUCUGUAUUAGAAGGUUUUCUUCAAGGUAAUAAAUCAUUAAAAUCUAGAGAUUCUAUUGUUAUAAUACAAGGUGUGAUUGAUUAUAUGUAUGAAAAUAUAAACAUAGGCAACUGGAAAAAUGUGAGAUUAUUUUUAAGGCAAACAAUAACUAUAGCAACAUACCUUAAACUGAUAGCACUUCUAGACAAUUAUUCUGAACUUACUGACACAGCUAUAAAGGAUUUAUUAGAAACUAUUGACUUUGGAAUAAUGUUUGGAAGUUUAAUUCAUAAUGAACCACAAUUACUACAAAAAUGUGCCUCAAUAUUAAAUCCAUUUAUUUUGCAAAAUGAUAUUUUUAUUGAAAAUGGUAAUUUAAACUCAAAAGAAAGUAUUAGCUGUACAGUAAUCCCUGAAGGUGUUAUUAAUAUUGAUUUAAUAAAAUGUCCUAGUAUGGAAAGAUUUUAUACAGACUAUAUAAUGCAAGAGAAGCCUGUAAUUUUAGAAGAAUGUAUGACUCACUGGCCGGCUUUGUCCAAGUGGACUGACAGCAAUUAUUUUAUAAAACUAGCUGGUUUACGUACAAUUUCUAUAGAAAUUGGCAAGGAAUAUACUGACUCUGAGUGGACACAAAAACUAAUAACUAUGAAAGAAUUUAUUGAAACAUAUAUUUACCAAAAUAAGGGAGCAACAGGUUAUCUAGCGCAGUAUCCAUUGUUUGCGCAAAUUCCAGAGCUACAUGAAGAUAUAAUAGAGCCUGAAUAUUGUAGUUUUGCAGAAACAGACGAUGGUGUCAAUAUUAUGGCAUGGUAUGGACCAAAGGGUACCGUGUCUCCUUUGCAUCAUGAUCCAACCAAAAAUUUGCUGGCUCAAGUUGUAGGUGAAAAAAGAAUUUACCUCUUUUCGCCGAAGGACUCAGAAAAUUUAUAUCCUUAUGAUAGUGAACUUCUUGAUAAUACGGCAAGAGUAGAUCCUAGGAGUCCUGAUUUGAACAAGUAUCCUAAAUACCAAGAUGCUAAAGCUUAUUAUUGUGUAUUAAAACCUGGACAAAUGUUGUUUAUACCACCAAAAUGGUGGCACUUUGUUGAGUCACUUUCUAUUAGUUUUUCAGUCAGUUUUUGGUGGACAUAG